UCAUGAAAAAACUGUGAUCUUGAAUCUUCUUAGUCUGUGUUCAAUGAGGAUGGAGGUUUCUCCUGAAGCAAAACUUAACAAGCAGUUACAUUUCAGUUACAAUAGUUUUGCUGGCUCAUCUCAGUUGGCUGAUGGCUCAAGUGACUUCACCUGUGGCUUGAAUAAAAAACAUGACCGCAGCCAUCUACCCAAAGACAUCCCCCUGAAACAGCUGGCCUCUGGUAGCCCGAAUUUGUUGCACCGUAGCCUGUCGGACCUCAAAGAGACAGACGAGGACCUCUCCCGUCCGGACACAUUCAUCCACAUCUAUGCUGUAUCUAUCUCCUUUGCCAUUGUAGUGACCAUUGCUUUGAUCCUGCAUAUUAACCUGGGGGUGUUUGUAAAAGGUGUGGUGGUUUCGAAUCACGAGUGCUGCACUGCACUCGGCCAGAGAGUCCUUCAUGAUGGUGGAUCCAGUGUGGAUGCAGCCAUCACUGCCGCCCUGUGUCUGGGUGUUGUGCAUCCACAUGUGUCAGGUGUUGGUGGAGGUGGGGUGAUGCUGGUUCGUGACAUUCAUAGGAAUGAAACCAGGGUGAUUAAUUUUCAGGGAACUGCACCUAAAGCACUUAAAGAGGAGAUGCUGCAAAAUGUUUCUGAACUAAAGGCAGGUCUGCAAGUGGGCGUGCCAGGUCUGCUCAGAGGGUUACACAGUGCUCACAGCUUGUAUGGGAGUCUAUCAUGGGAGGAUGUGGUCACCAGAGCCGCAGCUGUUGCCGAAGAAGGUUUCAAUGUGUCCUUCAGUCUUGCUGAGGCCAUAUCAAAGGUAAAAGGUGAGCAGCUGUCGCAACGUUUCAGGGACAUGUUCCUGCCAGGUGGCGAGGCUCUGCUUCCUGGUUCAUUUCUGAGGAUGUCCAGUCUAGCCAGAGUCCUCGAGGCCGGUCUGUCAAACUUCUAUGAUGGGAAUAUCUCUCGAGAGAUAGAGGAUGAGGUGCGAACAAAUGGAGGGGUCCUGAGUAGAGACGACAUCAGUAACUACAGUGUACAAGUAGAGCAGCCAGUAGAAGGCCUAUACAAUGAAUUUAUUAUCCAAGUUCCUCCUCCACCCUCUGCUGGUGAAGCGUUGAUAUCAGCGCUCAACCUUUUGGAGGGCCUCCGGGUCAAUGGGAACAAUAACACAGAAAAUCAAACACACCACUGGAUUGCGGAGGCUCUCAAAGGAGCAUUGGCUAUAGCCAGUGGUUUGGGUGACCCUUCAUAUAACUCUUCAGCAACUGAGCUUCUCUCUGACAUGCUGAGAAUGACUCAGGCUGAAGUGCUUCGCCAGAGAAUCACUUCCUCCCAUUCCUCUCGAGAGCCGACGGCUGGAAGAGUAGUAGUCAUGGGGCCAGAUGCACUCAUAGUGUCAAUUGCGAGUUCCUUGAGCACGCCAUUCGGGAGCAGAAUCAUGACAGGGUCGGGCGUCAUUCUCAAUAGCCUCAUCCUUGACUUCUCCUGGCCAGACAAAACCCCAGGGCAACCUUUAAUUAAUCAGAACAACAGAGUCCAGCCAGGAAAGAGGCCCCAAACAUCUCUCAUGCCCACAAUAGUGGUACCAGCUUGGCGUAAAUGUGGGGUCUACAUGGCACUAAGCAGUUCAGAUGGACUACAGAGUUUGAGUGUUAUCACCCAGCUGUUAUGCAGUGAACUGUCCUUGCACAAAGAGAACAAUGGCAGCCUCUCCCUGAAGAGACAUCCCCAUCAGUGUCAGCCAAACAGACUUCUUGUUGACCCUGAGUUUCCAGAAGAGAGUGUGAAGUUUGUGGAUGAAAAUGGCCGAGUAGUUCAGAGAGUGAAGAUGAACUCUGUUGUCCAGGGGAUCUUGAGGAACAAAGAUAUCAUUACGGCAAUAACACCUCAACUAUCUGAUACUUUAUCAUAGUUUUAUGGUCCUUUUUAAGAGCAUAUUAUGUGUGGUAGUAUCUGGAUGAGCUACUGUUGCAUGAUGUAAGCUUAUGGUUGUUCUCUGGCUUGUUACUCUCAUGUUAUUGUGAUCACAAGCCAGCAGAGGGCAGACAUCCAACAUGUACUUUCUAUUAAAGAGGGCAAAUUUGUUUAUCCAUAAGAAAUGUCUUAAAAACUGAUUAAAGGAAA